AUGGAAGACUGGUACUCCAAAGCCGAUGAAGCCUAUAAUUCAAUUUCAGAAAGACAUGAACGAUCGGUGAAUGACCUGCGCCGCCGCCAAACACAAACAAGUCCAGCACCAGCAAUCGAUACUGCGGUCCCCACAUUCAUUCCUCCACCCAACCAGGACAUUACUCCAGAACUGAUUCAGGAAUCUUUGAGUGUCCAACCUCAGAAUACGGCAAUAGUUAGCUCCAUGAUCCCUUAUCUUCUAGACGGCGUCAUCCAAGUCUACCUGCAAUUAGAUGGCCCAGUACCAAGCACACUUGUGGUCAACUGCAGCACUUCCUUACCAUGUGGCAUGAUUGGGCUUGUCGACCCUCAACCUAACCUUGACUUGGUCCCCUUGGUGGUCAAUCAAAACCAAGGACAGCCUCAGACGGUGGUUGCUGAUUGUCAAUGCAUCGCUAUCAACAUGUACGAUCCAAACAUUGCUACUUACUGGAUCCAGAAACUCAGUGAUGGAAGCAUCUAUUCAGUUCUUGGAAACAACGUGGUUGCAGACAUCGACAAGAUGAACACGACUCAGAGCACAGCGUUGACUCUGACCGCUGUGUCUCAGGGCGCCGGUAAACGGAGUUUUGACGCCAACAUUGCAUAUGUUCAACCCCAGAGACGACAGAUCUGGAGCGUUCGAUGCGACCGAGCUUGCCCCUUUUACCACAUGAAUAAGAUCAGGGGCACCGAUGGAUAUUGCGGCUGCAUGUUCAACGAUGUAGGCAAAACACUGGACGCUCGGGCAUUGGUUGAGCCAGACCUAUACAAUGCAAAGAUGACUGCGGAGGCUUGUGCCGCCAUGACUUGCUUCGAUCAAGGAGGCAAUCCGACUCCAGCUCUUUUUCACCCUUUCCAGCUGACUUGUUGGUGUGUCACCCAACCGUAUAUCGAAUCCAAUCCGAACGCUUGGCUUCCCCCUUCGGGCACGACGUCGUCUUGA